AUGGAACCACUUAGAAAAAGAGUUAAAGUCUAUCAAUUAGAUAAUAGCGGAAAGUGGGAUGAUAAAGGUACAGGUCAUGUAUCAUGUAUAUAUGUAGAUGCAUUAUGUGCAAUGGGAUUAAUUGUUAGAUCAGAGAGUGAUAACAGUGUAAUUUUACAAACUCGACUAUCAGCAGAGGAUAUAUAUCAAAAACAACAAGAUUCCUUAAUCGUUUGGACAGAACCAGAUUCACAAUUAGAUUUAGCCCUAUCAUUUCAAGAUUCAUUGGGUUGUCAGGAUAUUUGGGAGAACAUAUUACAAUAUCAAAAUCAAAGAACUGGUAGUUGUGAUAGUGUAGAUUUAGAUUUACCACCAGUUUCAAUCAAUAAUCUUCAAACAAUUAAUGAAUUAUUAGAAGCUUCAUUACCAAUGUUAGAUAAAGAUAAAAUUAUAAAUUCAAUUUUUAAAGAGGAUUUAGUAAGAUCAUUAUUAGAUUUAUUUGAUGAAAUUGAAAAAUCAGGUGAAGGAGGAGUUCACUUGUUUCAAAUAUUCAAUAUUUUUAAAAACCUUAUUUUAUUCAAUGAUACAUCAAUUUUAGAGGUUAUUUUAUCAGAAGAUUAUUUAGUAAGAGUUAUGGGUGCAUUAGAAUAUGACCCAGAAAUUUCAGAAAAUAAUAGAAUUAAACAUAGAGAAUUUUUAAAUCAACAAGUAGUUUUUAAACAAGUUAUAAAGUUCCCAUCAAAAUCAUUAAUUGGAACUAUUCAUCAAACAUUUAGAAUUCAAUAUCUAAAAGAUGUUGUUUUACCAAGAGUAUUGGAUGAUGUCACUUUCUCAUCAUUAAAUUCAUUAAUUUAUUUUAAUAAUAUAGAUAUAGUUUCACAAAUUCAAAAUGAUUCAGAUUUUUUAGAAAAUUUAUUUUCAGAAAUCCAAAAAAGUGAAAAGAAUUCAGAAGAAAGAAAAGAUUUAAUAUUAUUUCUUCAAGAUUUAUGUAAUUUAGCAAAAGGAUUACAAAUUCAAAGUAAAUCAACAUUUUUUACAGUUGUAGUUUCAUUAGGAUUAUUUAAAACUUUAUCAGCAAUCUUGGAUGAUGAAAAUGUACAAACCAGAGUAUCAUGUACAGAGAUUGUAUUAUCGACAUUAUUACAUGAUCCAGAAAUUUUAAGAUCAUAUCUAUGUUCUCCAACCAGUGGAAAUAGUAAAUUCUUGGUUCAAUUAAUAAAUUUAUUCAUAACUGAUAAAGAUAUUGGUGUUAAAAAUCAAAUUGUUGAAAUUAUUAAAACUUUAUUGGAAGCUGAUUCUUAUGAUUCAAGCGAUUUCUUUAGAUUAUUUUAUGAUAAAGGUAUAGAUUUAUUAGUAUCACCAUUGAAUGAAGUUUAUAAAGGAGAGCCUACAAUACCAGGUGAUCCAAGUAGUAAUUUAGAUUCAUUUGUACUCUAUAAUAUAAUGGAGUUGGUAAUCUAUUGUAUUAAACAUCAUUGCUAUCGUAUUAAACAUUUUAUAGUUGAAGAAGGUAUUGCAAAAAAGAUAUUAAGGUAUACGAACCCUACAGGUAGUGGGGGUGGUGGUGGUGGUGGUGGAAAUAGUGAAAGAUAUUUAAUACUUGGAUCAAUUAGAUUUUUUAGAUCAAUGGUAAAUAUGAAAGAUGACCUAUAUAAUCAACAUAUCAUUCAAGAGAAUCUAUUUGAACCAAUCAUUGAAGUUUUCAAAUCAAACAUUUCUAGGUAUAAUCUAUUAAAUUCAGCAAUCAUAGAACUAUUUCAAUACAUCUACAAAGAGAACAUUAGGGAUUUAAUUGUUUAUUUAGUCGAAAGGUAUAGAGAAUUGUUUGAAUCGGUAACCUAUACCGACGUUUUAAAACAAUUGAUUUUAAAGUAUGAACAAAUUAAGGAUUCUUCAUUUGAAAGUCCAGAAACAUCUUGUAAUAAUAACGAUAGCAGUAGCAAUGAUAUUGAUAGCAAACCUAUCAUUGGUAAUAAUAAAAUUAAUCAUAAUUAUCAAAGAACUCAAAGAGAAAUCGAUGAGGAAGAAGAAGAAGCUUAUUUUAAUAGAGAUGAUGAUUCUGAAGAUUCUGAUGAUGAAGAUGAAUUAAUUCCGAUUUCAAUUAAUAAUAAUAAUAAUAACAAUAAUAAUAAUAAACAAAUUUGUACAAAUAAUGAAAAUAAUAUGGAGAAAAAUGAUGAUAAUAUAGAAAAGGAUAAUGAAAAUACUAAUAAUGGAAAUGGUAGUAGUCAUAUAAAGAUUGUAGAUUAUGAAGACGAAGAUGAUGAAGAUGAUGAAAUUAAUAAAUCUGUAGAAAGUGAUGAUAUUGUUGAAAAACAUGAAAUAAUAGAUAAAAAUGAAAAAAAAGAUGAAAUAAUGAAAGAAAAUAAUGAUAGUGAUAAUGAUGAUAAUGAUAAUAAUGAUAAUGACAAUGAUAAUGAUAAUAAUAGCGAUAUAGAAAAUAAAAAUCAUCUUAAUAAUAAUGGUAAUAAUGAAAAUAAUGAAAAUAAUGACGAUGUUCAAGAUAAAAGUAACAACAAAAACAAUAGUGAUAAAAUAAACGAAGAUGAAAAAAUAGAAAAACAAGAUGAAAUGAAAGAGAAUUUAGAAAUGGAAGAAAUAGAUGAAAAAGUUAAAGAAAAACAACCCAAAGAUAUUAAAAAAGAAAACCAAUCACAGCCAGACGAAACUGUUUUUAAUGGUAAAAGUAAUAAUUCAAAUAAUAAUAAUAAUAAUAAUAAUAAUAAUAGCAAUAAUCAAGAGAUUGGAGAUAAUAGGAAAACAACACCAAAAAGAAAAUUGGAUUAUGAAAAAAAUGAAUCUGUUGUUUCAAAGAAAAUUGAUAAAAGUAAUGGACCAACUUCAAUAGACAAAGAUAUUAAUGGUUGCGAUGAAUCACCAAAUAAAAAAUUAAAUAAUAAUAAUAGUAACAAUAAUAAUAAUAAUAAUAAUAAUAAUAAUAAUAAUAAUAAUAAUAAUAAUAAUAAUAAUAAUAAUAAUAAUAAUAAUAAUAACAACAAUCAAAAUGAUGAAAAUGAAUUAUCAAGUGCAUCAGAAGAAGAAGAAGAACAGUUAGAGAAUGGAAAACAUAUAAAGAAAUUCAAAAGAGGGAAAAAAGAUUCAAAUAAUUCCAGUAAUAAUUCAAAUAAUAGUAGUCCAACUCCUAGUGAACUACAUGUUUAA